UCCAUCUGAAGUCAUUUAUGUUCUUACACUUCAGGAAGUCAUAAUGUAAUGACGCAUCAUGCAGCAGUUCUGAGGGAUUUUCCUGAUCACUUGCAAGGAAAUACAGGCACAGAAAGUCAAUAAACAGAAGAGGCUGAGAACUGUGGGCCAUUAAAAUGUUGAAGGAAUUUCAAACAUUCAUAUCAAACAAAAUCUACUUAAGUGAAAAAUGUGCUUAGAGUGUAGAAAGGCCCGUUCUCGUGCGGCAGCUCAAAGCAGACGGGAGAAAGAAAGCCAACUGUUCAGAGAGUUAGCAUCUCUGCUACCUCUUGCCCCAUAUGAGGCAGAUCAGCUGGAUAAAGCCUCUGUCAUUAGAAUCACAAUCUCCUACCUGCACCUCAGAGCUUUGCUGGGGAUUUCUGACUCCACUGCAGUAGAAGCUAUGAUGCAUCCUGUUUCAGAAAGUAAGGAGGAGCUGCCAGACGAAAUUGAGAAGUGGUUUCUAGAUACACUUGAAGGAUUUCUGCUCUUAAUGUCAUUAUGUGGCAAGAUUAUCUUCAUCACAAAGGAUGUUGUCUCUCAUAUAGGAAUCAAACAGAUGGAUUUGAUUGGCCGGAGUUUGUUCGAUUUCAUUCAUCCCUCCGAUCACAAGGAGAUGAAAGAGAUUCUUACAAGGAUAAUAGGGAGUGAAGGCCAGCAGAAGUGUGAGGUUUUCUUCCGAAUCAAAGGUGCAGUCAAAAACAUGCUGACUCCCUGGCAGGUGAUUUACUGCACUGGAAACAAAACAUCAUCUUCUAUUCCAGGAUCCAGCUAUCUGCUUCUACUGUGCAGAUCAUUACCUGUGCAAGAAGUCAUUGAGAUGGAGGCUCAUCUAAAUUUCAAAACAUUCCUGAGCAUCCAUGAGUUGGACAUGAAGUUCACAUACUGUCACUCUGGGGUCUUGGAGUUGACUGGCUUUAGUGACGUUGAGCUGUAUGGUCAGUCUGUGUACCAGUACUAUCAUCCAUCUGAUUGUCAGCAUGUCUUCAAUGCACACCUCUGCUUGUUCUCAAAAGGCCAGGUGUACACUGGGAAAUAUCGGCUCCUACAGAAGCACGGUGGCUACGUUUGGGUAGAGACGGAUGCUGCGGUGGUGUACAACGUUCACACGGGGAAGCCAGAGAAAAUUGUAUGCAUCAACUAUAUUAUAAGUGGAGUAGAGCACCCAAAUGUGGUGUUUUCAUUGGAGCAGAAAAAAUCCCUGAUGAAUGCCUUCCAUGUACCAUACACUACAAUGACACGUAAUGAGACCAAUCAGGCAACAUCUACAACCACUGACGAGGACUCCAGCUUUGUGGACUUUCCUUCUGAGAGAGGCGAACCAUCCAACAGUUGUACUGAGAUUUUGUGCAGGACUGCUUUGUAUGGGUCACAUUCCAACGACAUGUGUGAGCUGGAUUUGGAUAGUCUAGCCCCAUACAUCCCUACACAUGAGGAGGACUUCCAUUUAACUCCUAUUUUAGAUGGAGUAGGAAAUGAUUCGGUAUUAAAGAGAAACCUGCCCUCUCUCAGGGAGACAUGUUUAACUCUGGAACAAAAACUGCCCACAGAUUCAGAAGCAGUCUGUUUCCACAGGCGGAACAUGAACAAGAACUCUACGCUUAUUUCACCAAGCCAGUGGCAUGACAGCACACACAUAAUGAACACAAAACAACAGACCAAUCACCGGAUAGACUGUUCAUCUCAACAUCCGACUAAAACUUUCUCAGAAAACUUUGACGGAAGAACAGUCUGGACUUACAGCCAGAGUUACGCAGAGACGGUGCAUUUGGCCUACAAAUACGCCGGGUUGUCAUGGUGUUGUCCGGGAUCUUCAUCACAACAUAACAACCACAACACAGAGGAAAAAAAACCCUCUGUUUUAGUUAACUUGCCUGUACUGAGCAGGUGGGAAUGUGAAGUGAACGCGCCUCUUGGUCCCACUUCACAUUUGCUGCAAGGGACUGAACUCACCAAUGUUCUGGAUCAGGUUGCUUCAGGAGUGUCCUGGUACUAAAGAAGGCCUUUCGAAUUGUCAAAAAUUAAUGUGUUUAGAGCCAGAGGUGUUACAUUUCAACAUUACAGUUACAUUAAGGGUAAUUCCACAAUUGAAGUGCAAUUUGUGUCUUGCUUAAUAUUCCAUUAAUAAAUCCGGAUUUAAAUUUAAAACAGAAUUCAUACAUACAACUUACAACAUUUCUAAUACCCGUAUCUAUAACGCUUGAUUUUUUUUUCUGCCUGUCCCAGCCCAUUAUAAUUACACUUUAUCUUGAGAUUAGUUUUCUAAUUACAAUAGUGUGUGAUUUCUUCUUAUCCUCUAUGAGUUAUAGGAUAUAGUGCUUACAUUAUAGGAAAUGAAGCACAUACAACUCCAUUACAUGAACACAUUCAACCGUGAUUUAGCUGGAAUAUUCCCCAUGUCAACAGGAACAUUCAACAGGAAGUGGGAAUUUCCUGAAGAUUAUGGGAAGAAAAAUAAAAUCCUUUCGUUCUUUUUUGGGAAUUGCGACACUGACAUAUUGAAGUUAAAUCACUGAAGAACAAAUCAUCAGAAUGUCCUUGAUGUUCUUAUGCUAACUAAUCACAUUUUGUAUAUUAGCUAAUUCUAUGCUAGGAAUUAAAAAACGUUUCAAGGGGAAAAACAUUUCAAGGGCUAAACAUUGCACUGAAUUUGUGUAAUCAACCCAUACAUGCUGUAUUUUAUGAAAUUCAUAUUUGUUCUGUUUUGCUUAACCAGUCUAGUGAAAAGUUUGCCAUAUAUUAGCUUUAGGUAACAGUUAGUUUUUAAUGUCGUAUAUUAGUGUAUUUCUCAGAACCGAGUUGUUUUUACCCAUCGACGGAGAAUAUUCCACAAGAACAGAACACCCAGCAUUCGUUCAAAAAAUAUUCCAUCCAAAUCGCUCAGAAUACACCAAUAAAUUCAUUAGUGCUGCUAGCUAUAAUAAUCUCUCAAGUAAUCCUUCUAAGUAAUGUGUCAAACAAAUUAUAGCAUUUAAAACUAAUAAGUCUUAAUAUAUGAAGUAUGUUUUAACAGAAUAUAUUUAUUGAUACAAUAAACACUGAAGCUAUUCAAUUUGUUCCCCCAGAGCUUAUAGUUCAGUAUGUUUCAUUCCAAUAACUUAUGGUUAAACGUCCCAGAAAAUCCGACUCGACACAUCAUACAUUCAGUUAUUUAAACUUUAUAAAAGUGAAAACAGGAACAAUAAAAGUCUAUGAAGUCCAGUUUAAAGCAAACAGCUUUUAAUAGGAAAAAAAUUAGACAUGGAGACAUUUUUAAAACACGAAAUUUAAACAUAGAACAAUGUCUGUGUAUACACACACACACACACACACACGUCAUGACUACUUGAUUUGAUUUGCUGAAGGGAUUAUGAUCCACUGUACAAGAAUAUGUUGAUCAUACUUGCUUUUACUUGGUGAUGGUAUUCCUGUGGGGGGAAAGGAAAAAAAUAAAAUUGUCAUAAAAAUAAUAAAGAUAUAAAUAAAUAUUAAA